CUGCAUUGAAAAAAAAAAUCAGAAAAGGAAAAAAAAGAACGAGUUGGUGGGAACCCACAUAUCCCCAUCUCCUCGUCACUUUACCAGGAACCUUAAAAUGGCGCAGCAGUUUGUCCAGGCGAAAAUUAAGGGCGACAAAGUGGUGGUGUUUCUGAAACCCACCUGUCCUUACUGUACCAUGGCUCAAGAGGUUUUGCAGAAAUACAAGUUCAAGCCGGGACAUUAUGAGUGCGUUGAUAUAAGUAACCACAGCGAAAUGGACAGUGUGCAGGACUACUUCCUGGAACUUACUGGAGCCCGUACGGUCCCACGAGUAUUCAUCGGUGAGGAGUGCAUCGGUGGUGGCAGUGAUGUGGCGGCCCUCCAGAGGAGUGGCAAACUGGAGGGCAUGUUGAAAUCCAUUGGGGCCCUGCAGUGAUUCACCUGAAGAUCUCCAGAUGGUUUUGGCGUCCAGGUUUGGUCACAUGACAAGGCAGCGGGACUUGCGGAGUUUGCGGCGUCGCUGCUGGUACUCGCUGAGCUCUUGUAGGUAGCCUCUGGACGGCCAUCGUAGCCUCUCCACCUGCUCGCGCUCCUCAUCUGGACACAUAUAAACACAAUCACAUGUUAUACUAAUUUGUACUCUACUGGAUGUUUUUGUUCUUAAAAUGUUAGAGGAAGAUUUAUCAUACUUGACCAAUACUCAGACUCAUAUGUAAUAUGAACUUAUUGGGCUUCUGUUUUUUUAAUCUUGCUGUUGCCCUGUAAUAUCCGUCCAAUGGCCUUUAAGGAGCCUGAUAUGUGCAUGACCUAUGAUGACAAUAAAAAAGUGGGAUUGCUACACCA